AUGUCCAGGGUUAGCGGGAUAAGCGACAAAGUGGCCAUUGACGCGCUUAGAAAGACGGUCUGGUCCAAGUUGAAAUUUAGAAAAUGGUUAACCCUCGACAAACCGCGGACGAUCCAAGACGCCCUCCACAAGGCAACGGACUACAUCAUAAUCGCAGAGGAAAUGAAAGUCUUGUCGCAAAAGCAUAAGUCGACAAAACCGUCCUCGAAAGAUGUAGACCUUAAGACAAAAAAGAAAAGCUCUCGUAACACAAGAGCGAGAUUAGCCGCAAAGCUACUAGUUGGAGAUCUCUCCGAAGUAACCAGCAUAAAAUAUCUCAACCUUGAGACCGAUCGCCCCCCAAAGACGGACAAGAAUCCGCCCCCAGAGAAGUCCCCUCAAAGAAACCAAUCCGGAGAUAAACGUGGAAGAAGGCCGGACGACAAAGGAAACGAUAACAAUCGUCGCAGAGUCAACAUGAUCAUCGGAGGAUUGCAAUAUUGCAUCGACACGGUUUCGGCCAUCAAGGCUUACCAACGGAAGGCCGAAUCAAGUGCAAACUGGCCUACGUGGUCUCCUCCCCGAGAUGGUCAAAGUAACUCGAUAACUUUUACAAAGGACGAAGCUGGCGGAAUCGAUCAACCUCACUGCGAUCCACUCGUCAUAGAUAUUGUUAUACGAGAUCUGGAAUUCGGGAGAGUCCUCAUCAACACGGGAAGCACAGUCAAUGUUAUCUUCCGCGACACUCUCAAUCGGAUGAACAUCGAACUCGGGGAAGUAACUCCAACGCCAAAACCACUUACGGGUUUUUUGGGCGAAGUAUCGAUGACUCUCGGAUCUAUCCAUCUGCCAGUCAUGGCCAAGGGGAUCACAAAAAACGUCCAUUUUGCGGUGGUCGAUCAUCCUGCCAUCUACAAUGUGAUCAUGGGAACCCCAUGGCUCAACGCCAUGAAAGCCGUUCCAUCUACAUACCACCUUGGCGUCAAAUUCCUGAUCCAGAGCGGAGUCGCAGCCAUCUGGGGUUGUCAAAAACAGUCGCGGCUUUGCUUCCUCGCAGAGCUUAAGUUGAGGCAAAUCCCGACUUCUGCAAUGGCAACUCGCAAGCGCACAAAGUUAGCUCAGCCUUCUGCCGAAAACACUUCAAAAAAAGAUGAUUCGAUAUCGUCUGCUGACGCGAAUGUUUCGGACAUCGAAACUCAGCACGAUUCCGAAGUCGACACUACGACUCAACUGGAAAACCCGGACAAAAAAAUUGACCCUGCCACGGUUACCACGAUCAAGGCGGUCAGAAAGGCGACAACCGCCGAGUAA